UUUAUACAUAAUUACGUGGCCGCUGAGGCGUCGAGUUUCAUGUGAUUGGGUACUGACAUCAUAACCGCACCCCCGUACAUAGCAUGGACGAUGACAAGGAAACCCAAUCCUUAUAACAACUACCACCUUUCUGCAUCAGUGUAGAUUUCAAAUUAAUUCUUUAGGGAAAUUGGAACAUUUUUGAAAACAGAUAAGAAAGAAAAGAUGCCAAACUUUGCACGCAAAUUCUUCCGCGAUUUUCUAGGUCUGAAACCAGGACGACCAAGCUCCCCAGCAAUCGCAACACCAUCUGUACCAUCCACCAACACAAAUCUUGUCAUCAAUCAAGAUGAGAGAAGUCUCUCUGAAGACAAAUUCAACGGCACAUACCCGCGCCUUACCCGACUUCAUGACGGCGCCAUCCUAGCUGUCUUCACCUGGCGUGGUCCUGAGCAACUACGCGUGCUCAAAAUCUCCAAAAGCACUGACAAUGGACAAACAUUCAUGGACUUCGCAGAAAUCAUCCGCGGACAGGGGGAGAUCGAUAAUCCCUUCGCGAUUGAGGUUGCGCCAAACCACAUCCUCGCUGCAUUCCGCAACCAUGACUUUGGUGGCGAGUUUGGCUUUACACAUUUCCGGAUCACCGUCUACGAGUCCCGCGACGGCGGGCAGACGUGGGCGUAUCUAUCACAGGCGGCGGAGAAAUCUCCGCCAUUGGGGAUCUGGGAGCCGUUUAUGAGACAUGGGCUAGACGGGGGUCUGCAGCUGAUCUACUCCCAUGAAUUUGCGCCAGACGAUCAGCGCACCAUGCAAGUUAUAUCGUACGAUCGCGGGAAGACGUGGAGCAGUCCACGAUGCAUUGAAGGCGCCGCAGAUAGGUUCCGGGACGGCAUGACGGGGAUUGCUGAGACGAUGGACACAGCCGAGAAUCGGCCUGCGCUGGUGCUUGUAUUUGAGACAACGCGGUACGGUCCACACUUCAAUCUCGAAGCGGUGAUUUCAUACGACGAUGGAUAUACUUGGUCGCAUCGCCAUGAGAUAUAUGUCCCGCCGCCUGGCCAUAAUGCUGGGGCGCCGCAGAUUGCCUCGUUGGGGGAUGGGUCGCUGGUUGUGGUGUUUAUGACGGAUGACCAGGCGGAGGAGGUCAAAUGGAUUCAUAAUGCGGCGAUCAAAGUUGUUCAUGGGAGUCCUCCACAUGGAGGCAGAAUUAAUUGGACUAUGCCGGCUGUUGUCUCGCCGGCGUCGAGCUUCUGGCCGGGCAUUAUGGCGCUGGAUAGUCAGAGGGCCUUGGUGACAUAUGAGCAUGGAGGGCCGAGAGCGAGGUCUGUGACAUGGAAGCCGAAUUAGAUGUUCGCAAUGUUAGCAAUGCUCUUAAUGAUGCAUUACUGGUUACUUUAACUGCGGGGUUUUUUGAUACAAGGCGGAUGAUGCUUUAAGUCAG